AUGAAGCUCGGUCUACAGACCCUCACCUUCCUGCUCACCCUACCGUCUGCUCUCGCCCUCGCUACACGACGCUUCCCAGUCAAUGUAACGACCAAUGCGACCAUCACUCCACCCUCCACUGUCAACCUGACUACCAAUGGAACCAUUGCCCCACCAAGCCGCUACUAUCUCCAAACACGUGUCAAAGGCUAUGGCAAUGAGGACAAGAACGGCCUCUACGUUAGCGGCUACCACACCGGUGCCGGAGAAAACGAUGCGACCCUCGAGUCCAUCGACGCCGCAUCGGUCGGCUUCUUGAACGGCACCAACCAACAAUUCGACUACGGCACGGAUUUCCCCUGGGGCAUGGUGAUGGUUCUUUAUGAUUACUAUGCGGAAUGGGACUUCGUCGCCAUCAACGCCGGAUAUGGCUCUGCGGGUUUCUUCUUCAACGAGACGGGCUUGCAGUACAACCAAAAUCCGGACGGGUUUUCCGGAUGGCUUGUUUGUGACUGGUGGCACGGAGUCCCGCAGCUGUUCUGGAAGUUCUUCGCCAACAGCAAUCAAUUUCCGAGCAGUUGCGCGCAGGUAGACCUUUUACCAGUGGCCGUCUAG